AUGCGAGCUGUCCAACUGAUAAAUGUGCUUGCCUCGUUCGUUAUUUCCCAGAAUAUUUCCCUGGACAACACACCUAUACCAAUAGCUGGUGCGCCUUCAAAAAAACUGAUUGUGGUAGGGAUCGCUGCCGACCAAUAUGUACUCCCUACAAACAUAGGAUGGGCAGUUUGCGGUGGAGCGAUAGGUGAAGCACUAGAUCGUCUAAGAAACCUGCGAUUGAUUGAGGAUUACGAUUUCAGAUUUUACGUGAACUACUCCGAGUGCGAUCCUGCUGCAGCUGUCGGCGUUGGAUACUACUUUAUGAAACAAAUGAAGGUAGACAUGGUGUUGGGACCACCUUGUCCAAAAGCAGCGAAGAUAAUGGCUCAUUUAUCUACGAAGUACGAGGUGCCUUGGAUUGGUUGGGGAUUUGUUACAGCUGCAGACUUUGCACUCGGCGCAAAGUAUCCUUUUGCGACUACUAUCAUCGCAACCUCGCAAACAUUUGGCUAUUCCGUUGCGAGAUUUUUGAAAGAAUUCGACUGGAACAAUUUAUCUAUCGUAUACACCUCAAACGAAGUCAAGUACUGUGAUGGCCUCGUUGCAGAUGUUGAGGCAGCACUAAACGAUCAGAUCCUGUACAAUCCAGAUAUAGUGUAUAAACAACAGAUCAAUAGACAAGAUAUCGAUCCCCUUGGUUAUGCACUGAACGAAAUUCGUCGACGAUCACGCAUUGUUCUGGUAUGCUUGGAUACUGGAAAGGAUCGGCGAGAUUUUUUGAUUCGUACAUCACAACUAGGGAUGUCAACCGAUGAAUUUGUUUAUGUUUUUAUGUCAAUGAGAGGAUACGCUUUUGGUCAAUCUGGCACAGGCAAAGAAGUAUUGUCAAAUGGACUCACACCUUUAUGGGAAGAUAUCGUGAACAAGAAUGCAGAUGGAAUGGACAAUAUUGCUAAGGAGGCUGCAAAACGAGUGUUCAUUGUGGAUUUGAGCGCUCAAAUCGAAGAUCCGUUGCUCGUGGAAUCGUUCAAAAAACGCGUAGUUCCACGUGUUCGAGCUGAUCCACUAUAUUGCGACACGCCAGCAUGUCUUAACAACACAAAUCAAACGAUGGGCAGCUUUGCACGACACCUUCACGAUGCAUUUUUCAUGUAUGCAUCGGCGCUCGGAAGGGCGGAUGCAGUUCAGGCGGAUGGUCAUCAAGACGCCACCGUAAUGACUACAGCUAUGGUGGGAAGCUUUCAAGGUUUAACCGGAAUGGUGACAAUUAAUUCAAAUGGAAGUCGUCUGCCACUGUACACAGUUUAUGGGCUGGAUAAGAAUGGCCAACAGCAAGCGUACAUCAAUAUUUCUUGCGUUGAUGAAUCAAAUGUGAUUCUUCAACGAAUGUAUACAGAUGAAGCGAAUACUAUAUGGUCAACAAGAGGAGGAAAGAAACCACUUACGAUGCCUAUAUGUGGAUACUCGGGAACCGAAUGCCCUCUAUCGUUUUGGGAACAAUAUUUGAUCUACAUUGUCAUUGCUAUAUCACUGGCUGCUUUACUGUUUUUAGCACUUUUGUGCUUAACAGUUAUGACAGUAAGAGCUAAAAAAAUCGAACAGAAAAGGCUUUAUGCUGAAUGGCAGAUUCCGCAAAAUUCUCUCGUUGAGGUCAAAAAGGGCGAUCGACACAGUAACAGAUCACUUCAAUCUGAUCCAUCUACGUUUACUGGAAGUAACACAUUCGACAAUGAGAGCAGCACGUUUAAAUUCUAUUUUAUGAAUAAGGAACCAGUUCUAGUAACCGAACACUCACCUGGACCGCUUACCCAGUUGGAGCAGGAUUUGUUUGUUAAGCUACGAAAAUUGGAACACGACAAUGUGAACAAAUUUAUCGGUGUUUCUAUGGAUGGAAUGAAUCACUUAGUGGUUUGGAGGAUGUGUGCUCGAGGUAGCCUUCAGACUAUCAUUUCUAAAGGUGUGUUCACAUUUGAUUCAUUUUUUAUAACCUGCAUCAUACGAGAUAUUGCGGAGGCUCUUCACUAUCUACAUCAGUCUUUCUUGGAUUCUGUUGGAAAUCUCACCUCUGGCAUAUGUCUAGUGAACGAUAGUUGGCAAGUGAAAAUCUCAGGAUUUGGUAUUUCACGUUACAUGGAUCGUGAAGUUAUGAAAUCAUCUUUAUGGGUCGCUCCUGAACAUCUUUCCGAGGAUCCGGUAGGUCAGUCGAAACCGGGUGACAUUUAUUCGUUUGCUAUUAUUUGUUCCGAAGUGAUAACGAGAAAACCCGCAUGGAAUAUUACUGAACGUACUGAGAACAACGAUGAGCUCAUCUACCGCAUAAAGAGAGGUGGAUCAAGAAUUAUACGUCCUGAAAUAGCUCUGGAUAGUGUCGAUAUAAGCUCGUCGCUUAUUAACCUUGUCAGAGACUGUUGGAGCCAAAAUCCUUCGGAUCGACCGAUGACUGAGUUUAUCGUCCGCCAAAUGCGAGAUAUGAUGAGGUCAUGGAAGAAGACGAAUCUUAUGGAUCAUGUGUUUUCAAUGUUGGAACAGUACACCUCUAGCCUUGAAUUAGAAGUUGAUGAUCGAACCAAAGAACUUUCCGAGGAGAAGAAAAAAGCGGAUGUUUUAUUGGGAAGAAUGUUGCCGAAGCAAGUAGCUGAGCGACUCAAACUGGGACAGACGGUGGAGCCUGAAAGCUUUGACAGCGUAACUGUGUUCUUCUCAGAUGUUGUAAAAUUCACACAAUUAGCCGCAAAAUGCACUCCAAUCCAGGUUGUGAGCUUGUUGAACGAAUUGUACAGCAAUUUUGAUGCGAUCAUUGAAAAAUGUGAUGUCUACAAGGUGGAGUCAAUCGGUGAUGGAUAUCUAUGUGUCUCAGGACUACCAGUACGUAAUGGAUCCGAUCACAUCAAGGAGAUCGUUGAUAUGUCGUUAGCGUUUAUGGAAUAUGUGCGAGAAUUUAGGAUUUUAUCGUUGCCAAGGGAAAGAGUUGAAUUACGAAUAGGAAUUAACAGCGGUGGAUGUGUGGCGGGUGUAGUUGGCCUACGGAUGCCUCGUUACUGCCUCUUUGGUGAUACUGUCAACACAGCAUCACGAAUGGAAAGUAAUGGGAAAGCUAAUCACAUUCAUCUCUCCCAGUCUUCUCAUUCACUGCUGAUCUCGAAAUUCCAAUCUCAAUAUGAAACAGAACGGAGAGGAGAAGUUAUCAUUAAGGGAAAAGGUGUGAUGGAGACGUAUUGGGUGCUCGGGCAUCGAAUCCCUUCUUCAUUUCGUGUUAAGGAACGUGAACAGAAGGAAAGCACUAAUGAUUCCCAUUCUCAGACUAUCUCUUCUCUUUACGAUGACGAAGUGUUUCGUAAUGAACACAAUAGAAGUAUCUCGCAACAAUUAUAA